GUUCUUCUGCUCCAUCUUAUAAAAGCUGCUCCCUCACUGUCUCCAGGAUCACAGACACCUUGGACUCUUCAGGCUGUCCCACUAUCUGGAGUUACAAGGACCUGACACAAAGGAGAAACAGGAGGACAAAACAGGAGACCUCUGAGGAACUGGACACUGGACGCUUCUCCUGACCUGAGGACAUACAUACAAACCGGUUUGACCCUUCAAUCAGAAAACCAUGAAGUCUCGGCGAGCCAGCUGCACCGACUCUGGAUCCGAGUCCUCAGAGGGGGACUCCAAGAGCCCGGAGAAAUACGAGACCACCACGAGGAGACGGAUGGCGGCCAACGCCAGAGAGAGGAAGAGGAUGCAGGGUUUGAACACGGCUUUCGAUCGCUUACGGAAAGUGGUCCCCCAGUGGGGCCAGGACAAAAAACUGUCCAAGUAUGAGACCCUGCAGAUGGCCCUCAGCUACAUCAUGGCCCUGAACCGGAUCCUGACAGACGCCAGGAGACACAACGCUCCUCACAGGCAGUGGCUGGACCUGCAGUUUGACUGCGUGCAGCCGGAGAGCUACCCGUGCCUCGUGCGCUACGACUCGGCCUCCGAUCAGGACUACAUGCACUCGUCCUUCUCCUAUCAGUUCGACGGCCACCAGGUCCAUGCAUAA